ACUUGGUAGAGUCCAAGGACGUGACGUAGGUCCAAACACGGAAGAAAACGACGACAAUGUGCUUUUUAAGUGAUCUUGCUCUGAAUACUUUAAUUGACUAGAAAAAAAUGAAUAGUAGACAAUCAAAUUAAUGUUAGACGAAGAUAUUAAUGUUUUUCACGCCAAAGUGUGGUUCAGUCCGUGUUUACAGCAUUAGCUUCACUCCGUCCUCCUUGGAAGAAACUUGAUUAAAAUAUGGCUUUUGCAAACCUGUUCUCCGGCCUGCCUUGUUUCAACGAAGCUGUUAAGGCUCCCUGUCAAGUAGACUCCACAAACCGAUGCGGGACAGAGGGAGGAGAGAGGAAGAGGAAAGCACAGAAGCAACCCGGGUCCGGUGUGACGAAAAGAAGACACCAGACCAACACAUCUGGUGAUGCCUUCAAAGACAGUCAUGCUAAGAACAAAUACUAUCAAAGUCGAGGCUCUGAACGCCACGCCGAGGAAAUGAGACGUGGCCAAAAGGGUAAACCACAGAACCGUGGCAGCAGGCAUCACAAAGGUCCGCCAGAAAAAAGUAAUUACAGCCACAAACAGCAAAGAAACAGUUGGAACGGUCCACGUUGGAACAAUGGCAGAGGCAGAAACAAUAACUGGGAUGACAGAAAACAUAUGCCAAGAAAAUGGGAAAGAAGCAGAAACGACUUUGCUCAGGAGAAGCCCGUGUUUAUGAGUGAGGAGUUCAAGGAGCAGAACGCCCUGGAGGUGGACGGACGCUUGCUGUGUCGACAUUUCCUUCGGGGGCAAUGCGUCAAGGCCGACACCUGCCAGCUGGAGCAUGUCCAGAGUUGCAACGACCUCAUUAAAGCCGUGUGCAAAUUUUAUGUGGUGGGAUGUUGUAUAAAAGGAGAGAGCUGUCCGUACAUGCACAAAUCGUUCCCGUGCAAGUACUUCCAUCAAAGAGGAAAGUGCCUCCAGCAAGACUCCUGCAGGUUUUCCCACGAGCCGCUCACAGAGCUCACGAAGAAGCUGCUGGACGAGGCGAUAAAACGGGACAUGGAAAUCUGGGAAGAGAGAAAAAAAUCUGAACAGGGGUCUUCGGGAGAGCCGGCAAACGUCAACAUGUCUGAAUUUCCUCCACCAAAUGAUCCUCCUGAUAUUCCUGUGGAGCUUCUCAGGCCGAGUUUUUAUAACAGCACAGAUGUGGAGGAGCAAACAUCUCUUGGUCAGAACGAAGAGCCGGAUCCUGGAUCAGAAGCUGAUCCGCCUCACAGUCCCUCUUUGUCCAGUCUGGAGCAGAAGGAGCCCGUUUGUUACUCCGUGGAGGCGGUUCUCGGGCCUCAGCUUUUCAAACCGCUUUUUAGCUUCUAUACAAAACCCCAAAGUCAAGAUGCAACAUCUCCCUCUGUCCCCCCGUCUUCUUCAGAGACGCCCUCCAGCUCGGUAAAUCCGAUGGAAGCUCCAUAUUCUGUGGAUGCUGUCCUCAGGUCUUUUAAAUCCAUGGAAGGUUCAGAACUUGUUGACAACACAAAAAGUUUCCCUAAGGAAAUCACAGAUCGUCCACUUUGGUCCCAAAACCAACAAUUAAAGGAAAACGCCACGAUUCAAAUGAAGACGUCACAGGAUGACAUGCUAGAAAGCUCGUCUUCUCUUCCAUUUGGAUACAGAAACAGUCAGCUUCCUAAAGUAACUUCUCCCACUGAAAGUUCUCCCAAACACCCUCCAAAGCUCAAACCUCAUGUUUCUGUUCUGCAACCUGAUUUUCUAUCUUUAAUGAAGCGCUCUGUUGGUGUCAGAGGCUCUAAUAAUGGACCUGCAACAAGUUCUGUUCAGGCCAAAGCCUCUGAAACUCCACAUCAGCCCCAGAACACGCAGUCAAACCUGAAACUUGACCCCUCCUCUGAAACCCGGGAUGGCUUUUCCCAACAGAGUCUCUUUUCUGGCCGUUUUGUGGGUUUGACUGACGGUGCAAUGCCUAAACCCGCCUGUGUGAAGGCUCCGUCUGACCUUCAGGGCUUUAACAAACCCAAACGGUCGUUAGAAACAAAAGGGAUCCCAACAUCUAACAGUUCCUUUGCAUCUCCUCUGGGUGGGCGCUCACAGCGUCUGGCGCCGCACCCCACCCCCCCUCCCUGCAGACCGCUGCCUGCCAGGGACACCCGGCCCACCAGGGCGUUGCCUUUGCCUCGUCGGGUCAGCGCUGAUGCAAAGCAAACUCCCCAGAAGAUGGAGUCUCCCAGAUGCUCCUCUAGUUCUGAAACCAAUUCUGCAUGUCGGACUCAGCAGGAGGGGCCGGAUGCGUCGCCCCCCAGAGAAAAGUCUGACGGUUCAGUUCUGAAAUCCCUGUUUGUGAGUCUGGGUCCGUACCAGGAGGACACUAAGCAACAGAACCACGGUCUGAGCCCAGAACCGGGAGGGAUGAAAAUGGAAAAGAGCAGCACAGAAUGUGGUUCUUUCAAGCAAAAACAGAAAUGGAAAAACAGGCAAAAGAAUAAGAAAAAGACUCCAGCUUCCUGUAACCAGACUUCAGAUAAAGCGGAGCAGCAGACAGCCGGCCUUUGCAGUCCCGGUACGGCCCCCCUUCAGCUGGGAAAGUCUGGCACGGCCCGGUCAGAACCAGCGGCGCCGCUGAUGCAGGGCCACACUCGGCAAACAACAGAAGAAGGAGACGGGAUCACGGGCAGUGCGGAAGUGAGCUCCUUUAAGGACCUCUUUAAGACUUUGAACUGUUCUGCUUUCGACUGAAAGGUGCACCGUUUGGUUCUGAGACUUUUUUUUCUUUUUUUUUACCCUCCAGUUUCUUUUCAAAACAUAAAAAAAUUCACAAAACAAGCAAAUCUUCCAUAUUUUCUUUCUUUUUUGAGCAACUUCUUUUUUUAAGUAAGAUUUUCUGUCAACGCAGGUAAUAUUCCAUCAUUUUGAGUUAGCUGUUCUUUUGUUUCUUAGAUUUUUUUUUUAAAAUUGAAAUUAAGUAGUUUCAAUUCUUUUAUUUUGUUUCUCUGUUCCCAAAACACAGAAAAAUCAAUGAAGACAAAUUUAAAGUAGUUUUUUUUACUGCACUUUAAAUAAAGUUUUGUACAAAAAGUUUGACCAAAUCAUGACGAAGAAUAAAAAGAAAAAUCUAAAUAUUAAAACAAAAUGUUGUCUUUA